AUGGAGCAAAAAAUUAGGCUAAUUUUAUUUAUUAAAAUUGUUGAGUUUAUCUUUUCAACUUGGAUAUGUCAUUUUAACAAUAAUAUAAGAUUGUGUAACGAAUCAUUGAAUGAUAAAUUCAACCUUGAUAGAAAAUCAUCCACAAGUAAUUAUCGAUCACUAGCAACAUAUAAACAGAAAAAGGAUUCAAAUAUAUUGGGCUUAAGAGAAGAUAUACCAAAUAAUCUAGUGCACAAAAAAAGAAAUAUAUCUAACAGUGAAAAUGGAAGUGAAGAAAGAAACAAAAAAUCUAAUGGAUGUUUAUUAAAUAAAGCACAGUACUAUUCGGAAGUUGUAGAUUAUAAUAAUGGAAUGUUUGAUGGAAAACAUUUUCAUUUUGAAAAAAAAUGGAUAAAAAAAAAAGAUUAUGAUAAUUUUCUUCAAAAAAAGAGAAGAAUUUGUGAUAUAACUUUAAAAAAAAUAAAAUUUAAAAAUUAUGGAUUUGGAGUUGCCAUAUUUCUUUUUUUUUUCUUGUUAGGCAUACUAUUACCAACAUUACGGGGAUAUGAAAUGUCUUUUACUAACGACCAGAGGGGAAAAGAGCAGGUACUUUUUUCAUUUAUAGAACACUUGAAAACCUUAACAAAAUUAGAAGAAGGUCAUAUAUAUCUAAUUUUAUUUGGAGUACUUAUGAUUAUAUUAUCCAUCCUAGUAAUAAUAACAAUUUAUAAGAUCUUAAAAAAUAACGAAAAAUAUAAUAAAAUUAAGUUAAUGACUGAGUAA